UAUUAUUUUAAGACAUUCAUCUAUUUGAGGUGUGGUUCAUUCUCUGCCUUUCGUCUAUGAAUCUGAAUAAUCAUAGAGAUGACAUAAGCAAAUCACAUUAUUAUUAUUGUUCGAAAAAUUAAUUUUUAAUAAAUUGUAUGUUUAAAAAAGUACCCUCAAAAAAAAAAUCCCCAAACCAUGUGCUAUGACCUCUUAUAAAUAAAAACCCAUCAAGAUCAAAAGUACUGAGAAAUGGAUAAAGCAUCCAAUCAAAAAGAUUUACGACGUUCUUUGUCUUAAAACUUGUUUAACAUCUUUGUUGAUUUUAUUUGUUGUGAUUUAAGCUGCGUGGUGUUUUUUCAACCCAAAUUUUAUAUUUAUUAAAAUUCAAACGAUCAAUGCACCAAAAUGAAAAGCUUUCAAAUCAUUCAUUAUUUAUCACUAUUCGCAGAUAGUCAUUUUCGCAUCAAUCAACAUUCAAAAAAAGGAUUUUAUAUUUUUUAUUCGGUUAUAAUAAAUUAAUAUAAGCAUAUAAUUAUAAUUACUUUAACGAAUGAGUUCAUUACCAAGGAAUACAAAAAUCGUGCUAAAAAUAUGGUGUUUUGUGAUCCUUAAGGUUAAGUUAAUAAAAGAUAAAAACUUAAUCGGUAGUAUUUGAAAUUAUAAACAAACAUGUUUUUGAAAUUCGAUUCACUAUCGGUAUCGGUAAUAAUAAUAGGGAUGGUAUACCUUUGUGAAAUGUCAUCAUGCCAAAUAAAUAAUAAUAAUUAUUUACCUGAUGUUCCUUGUCCAAACGUAUUUCAAUAUUCGUAUAUGGGGAGUGAGAUCAUUGGAGUAGUGACAAUUGCUGAUGUCAGACAUGGACAAACUAGAAUAGUUGUCCAGCUAUCCCAACCUGGAGCUUAUAAUUUGCAAUAUUUUGGAAAACUAUCGUUGAAUUUAAAUAAAGACAAAGCAUUUGAAUUUAUUAAUAGAGGGUUACCGUUGACUUAUAGAGUUGACUUUCCACUUCAAAAUGUUAUCCCACGAGUAACUUCUAUUACUGUCAAUGGUAUGCAAAUAUGUUUCGGAACAAAAUAUGACUUACCAAGUACAACAAUGACAUUGGAACAUACUUUGACAACAUAUCAACCAAAUUAUUAUAGAAAUCCAAGUUCCAACUUUUGGCAACCAAACUACAAUAAAGAUUCUAAUUUCAGGAGUUCCUCUUUCCCGGAAUCCUUUAAUCAACCUUCGUUUUCACAACAACCAUCACCGCCAUUUAACCAUCAACCAGUUGGCGAUCAAUCAAACAAUCAACCUUCACUCGAUCCACAAAUCUAUACAAAACCCAACGAAUCAUCUGAACAAAACUCGAAAACCCUAGAAAAUCUGUUUUCAAACUUUUUUCAUGAGAAUCGUCCUGCUGUAAAUAAUGUUCCUACAUUUUCGCCCACAAAAGCUAUUCUAACAGAAUCACAGUUUGAAGAAUCUCUGGGACCAAGCCCUUCAUCUCCUACAAAACCACCAACAAUUCAAGCAACAUUCGAGUACAUUAAUUCAGUUUGUGGUCAAGAAAAUGUUAAUUUCAACAUCGAAAGACUUAAUGUAAAAGGAUCAUUCAUAUCCAAAUCAAGAUUCCCAUGGAUAGCAGCAGUUAUGAGAAGAACCAAUGGAGACUUUGCAUUUCAAUGUGGUGGAAGUCUUAUUUCAACAAGAACAGUAAUAAGUGCAGCUCAUUGCUUUCAUUUAGGAUUUGAAGAAAUUAAACCUGAAAAUAUAUUAAUUUCAAUGGGUUUGUAUGAUUUAACUCGAUGGUAUGAUGCUAAGAAUAUUGGUGCUGAAGAAAUUAUCCCACAUCCAGACUACAAUAUGAAACUUAUUCAAUUUGAUGCGGAUUUGGCACUUGUACGACUUAAGGAAAGUGUUAUCUUUACAACUUCAGUUAGACCAAUUUGCAUGUGGCAAGGAUCUGUGGAUACUCGUGAUAUUGAAGGAAUAUCGGGAGCUAUUGUUGGUUGGGGAUCAGAUGGUCAACGGAAAACAACAAUUGUUCCAACAUUGGUCAAUGCAACAAUUGUUUCUGAAAUAACUUGUAUAAGAUCAAAUGACUUAUUCAUUUCACUGACGUCAAAUCGAACCUUAUGUGCUGGCAAUUUAGAUGGAACUGGGCCAUGCGUUGGAGAUUCAGGAAAUGGAUUAAUGAUAAGGAAAAGAAAUAAAUGGAUGUUGAGAGGAACAGUUUCAGCUGCUCUAGGUAAUCCAACACAGCAGUGUCCAUUGGAUGAGUAUGUUGUUUAUUCGGAUGCUGCUAAGUUCUUAGAAUGGAUCCGAUUAAAUAUGUUAUUGUGA